AUGAAAAUUGAUGUCUUAGGCAAACUGUUGGCUCCUGUAUUUUAUAAUAGCACAAAGGUUUCUCAGGUAUUUUAUGUUGUUGAUUCCUGUAAUACAAAUUUGUGUGGUAAAGUAGGUAUUUAUAUGGCUAGAAUAGAUGAAGGUACUAGAGUAAUAAAGGUUGCUAAUGUGAGUGCAGAAAAGCUGCUAGAUAAUACCUUGGUAGAUUCCCGUAAGCCUAUUACUGGUGUUUUGGCUAAGAUUCAUCUAAAAGGGAUGAUCCCUUACUAUUGCAAGGUUGUAAAGAAUUUUUCUUCUAAGCUAGCUCCCUUGUAUGAUUUGUUGAAAAAAAAUGUAAAAUUUAGAUGGACUUCAGUACAGCUACAGCAGAGGGCGUUUGAAGGCAUUAAAAGAGAUUUUGCAGAGUCCAAAGUGCUGACUAGUUUUGAUGGGGAUAGUCCUUUAAUCAUUGAAGUGGAUGCAUCUCCUGUAGGUGUGGGAUGUGUUUUGUUACAAAAGGCUACCAACUGCCAAGAUCCAGGUUGUAACGCUGUUUUGUAUGACCCCUGCGCCCAUGAAGAAUGUAGGACCCACGCCCCAUGUGCCACUACCCACAACGGGAUGAUUGUUUGGCACCCUGAGGCAUGCACCAUCUGCUAUGACCUCGCUGCUGCCGUGAAAGAAGUCGCCCUAGCAACCCUGAAAGCUUGGGUAGGCGGCUUCGGGAAGAACGCCGCCAAGGGCCAGCCUUACAUUUUAGAUAAGAAGCUGGCCAUCCAGAUCUUCCCCGGAGGCAAGGCGACGGGGUACGUGGACCCCAUCUCAGCAGUCCCACUCAUAGCUUCCAUCCAGCAGGAGGUGCAGCAGGCGUUUGGGUCCGUCUUGACGCAGGAGCCUGUUCCAGACGUAGCUAACCUGGAUCUUAAUCUUGAGCCUAUGGCGGUAGGUGUGGAGGAUUUGUUGGUUGAGUAUGAUUAUGAAUUAGUUCACAAACCUGGGAAGGAAAAUGUAAUUGCUGAUGCCUUAAGCAGAUUGCCACUUGAUGAUGAUUUUCAUUCUGGUCACCAGCUGAAUUCUCAUAGUAAAUUUUUGGAUACUAUUCAGUUUUCUAGUUCCACUACGUCUGCUGGUACCAUUGGUCAUUUGAGGAAGACAUUCUGUAAUUUUGGUAUACCUGAUAUCAUUGUAUCGGAUAAUGCUCCAAAUUUUGUUUCUCAAGAGAUGGAGGAGUUCUUGCAUAAAAAUAGUAUUAAGCAUGUAACACCAACUCCUUAUCAUCCAUCCUCCAAUGGUCUGGCUGAAAGGGCUGUGAGAACAUAG